CAGACUGGACGUUGCGGCAUGCAUCGGUAAUUUAACCGAAUAGGAGCGUGCUGCUGAACUGCAGACGGUGGAUGUAGUAGAAAUCAAAAAAUGAAGGUUGAUGGGGAUGUCAAGAGUGACCUUCAGAAGCAGCAUAUGCCAGUGGCCCCUCUGGAGGGCAGGAUACGAUGCAGUCGUGUAACUCUCCCUGUAAUAAACUUGGACAGACUGAGGAUGGCCAAGGCUCUGGUGGACAGGGCUGUAAAGGAGAGGAAGGUGUUCUCAGUGCAGGGUCCGUACCCUGUGGUUCGCGCUGCUCUGAAGGCCAGAGGGUGGGUGGAGCGGCGACUUCCACACAACCCACCAAGGGGUCAUUGCCAUGGAGACCAGGAGGCAGAGGGCAUGGAAGAGAUUGACAGCAGUGACGAUGAUGAUGGUACAGACAAAGGGCAGGAUGAAGACAGGGAAGACAAUAUUGAUGACAUGUAUGACCUCAUGUCUCGACUGGUGCGCAACGAAACCACACAUUUCUACUGGACAACCAGGAGGGACACAGUUGACUAUCUGUCAUUACAAAAAGACCAGAUGACUAAUCACUAUGCCAGGGCAGGGUGCUUCACUACCAAGGUGGGCUUGUGUAUGAGUUUAAGAAAUCUGCAGUGGUUUGACUCAACAGAUCCUGACACAUUCUUCCCACGCUGUUACAGACUGGGGGCAGAGGAUGAAAAACAUGCUUUUACUGAGGACUUCAGACGUACUGCAUGCACAAGCCUCUUACAAUUUGUUGCAGAGAGAGCUGAGGGGGGGAGAGGGGAGGACAGAACAGGAGAACUUUAUAAUGUUAAACAGGCUCAGGGUUUUGUUAAGCAGCAUAAACUGCAAUCCAGUUACAGGGUUGGAGCUGGGUUGAUUGACACUGCUCUGCAUGUAUGUCAGGAAUAUCUCAAUAGCCUAGAUCACCGUGACAUAGACAUCGCUUUGGAAACUCCUCCCACCCUCUCAGAUCAACAAUGGGAAGACUUUAUCCAUAGCUACUACUUAGUUAUUCAUGAUGGUAUGAUGCUAGAUCAGUGUACUGAGUAUGCAGAGCGCUGUAGAUCCAUGCUAAUCCGAAUGCAGAAGGUCUGUCCACAGCUAGAGACUGAUGGACUCUGUAACAUCUGGAUUAUAAAACCAGGGGCCAAAUCACGAGGAAGGGAUAUAGUCUGUAUGAAUAGGUUAGAUGAGAUAUUGAAUUUAGUAGGUAAGGACCCUUCCCUAGUUAAAGACAGUAAAUGGGUAGUGCAGAAGUACUUGGAGCGUCCUCUGCUUGUUCAAGGCACUAAGUUUGAUCUGCGACAGUGGUUCCUCGUGACGGACUGGAACCCCCUCACAGUAUGGUUCUACCGCGAGUGUUAUCUACGCUUCUCCACCCAGCCCUACUCUACAUAUAGAUUGGACAGUUCUGUCCAUCUCUGCAACAACUCCAUCCAGAAACAUUUCCAGCCAAGUGUUAAUCGUGACCCGUCUCUGCCCACUGAGAACAUGUGGUCAUGUACGGAAUUCCGGUCCUGGAUGGCUGCUACAGGUCGUGCUGGACUAUGGGAGGAUGUGGUGGUGCCUGGCAUGAGGCAGGCAGUUGUCCACACGUUGCUGACUGCCCAGGACAGUGUGGAGCCACGCAAAGCCAGCUUCGAGCUCUACGGGGCUGACUUCAUCCUGGGGCGCGACCUACAUCCCUGGCUGCUGGAGGUCAACGCCAGCCCCACCAUGGCCACCUCCACGAUCGUCACCACCCGCCUCUGCCCUGCCGUACAGGAGGACACACUGCGUGUGGUACUGGAUCGACGUUACGACCGCAGCACCCACACCGGAGGGUUUGUGCUCAUAUAUAAACAGGCACCAGUAGAGGUUCCUCAAUACAUUGGUAUUAAUCUUCUGGUGGAGGGGGCUCCGCUUAGACAGCCUCGUGCCCCUCCCUCUAAAACUUUCCUUCAGUCCCGCUACAAGCUGCUACGCAAAGCCAGGCCUGCUCUCUCCACUAGUGGGCAUACUUUUGCUAAGGAGGACCAGUCGGAAAAGGCGAAGACGACUCAGUCUCUCGUUCCCUCACCAAAACUAACAGUGGAGCAAUCUUUAACUUUUCAGCCAAUGUUGGAGAGAAGGCGCCGCAGACUAGCAAUGCCCUCAUCCUCCUGUCAUCUUCCAGAGCUUUCCGAGCAUCCUCAUCUCCACACUUCACGUGUCCGUCUGCGUAUACACAGCGAGCAGGCCUUUGCCUGCGCCCAUGGCAGCCACAGGAAUGUGCUUUCUGUCAACCGCCUCAGCCCAUCACUGGAGAUAAUCAGUCUGCGGCCCAGAUACAGCAGGCCAGCCAAUCAGAGGACGCACGCUCUCUCACGCUCCACACAUACUGCCCAUAUCUCUCAUCCAGUCCUGCGUAUGCAUCGCUACCUCUCACUGGUUCACCAGCAAAACAUCGACAACUACAGAGAAGCGCCCAAAGACUUGAAGAGUCCAAAAAGACUUGAGCUGAGUGAUUAAACAGAUUGACUUUUAAAUGCCAAAUAUGAGGUAGGCUUGACUGUGCAGAACAGAAUGCAUGGACUAAGAGCUGAGAGGAAGGUUUAGUUUGCAUCUAAAGUAGGAGUAUCAAGGGUGUAAAGCUGCCUUUAUUCUCACUGCUUUAGGUGGAAGGUUGGCACCUAUGGCAGGUUGUUAUUUUUACAGAUCAACUUUUAAUGGCCCUAAUAAGGUGGUUUCUCUAAGGAACUGAGACCACAUCCUGGUUGAAGUUUGAAUGAGAAUGGUGAUUGUUCAUUUGAAAUAAUUUCUAGUCUAGAACUGUGGUUUAUUUGAUUAUAGGAAAUUGUCCCAGUAAUAUAGGAGGAGUAGCAUCCCUGGUAUUGAUCAGAGGAAUGCUAAUAGUACAAGGUUUAUAAUGCCAUGAAAUUGACCAUGGUGCUCCUGGUUUAUUGCUAAAAUAAGAUUAAGAAGAUUAUUCUAAUUAGUAUGUAUAUUUUAUUUUAGAUUUUAUUUUGGGAUUA